CCAUCACGACACUGCCUCACCGCCCGCGUCUCUGUGCCUAUCUGCCUCACCUCUUUCCGCAAAUCUCCCGCCUUCCUUGUGCAACACUCACCAAGAUGGCGGAGCAAACCUUUGAUAAGAAGAGGCGGUUGGAUGAAGACGGAAACGCCUCGGCGUUCGCCGACAACACAGCAGAGAGUCGCAAGGAGAAGCUGGAGACCUGGCUCAAGCCCCUUGACAACGAGCAGCUGGUCAAGCUCCUCCUUGACAUGUACUGGGUCUGUGAACCCUGGUGCAUUCGACGAGAUCCACCGGGCCUGCGAUGAUAUUCCGGUGAACAAGAAGAUUUUCGUUCGCGGUCUACCAUGGGAAACCAACGACCAGUCCCUUCGUGCAGUCUUCGAGCAAUACGGAGAGAUCGCCGAGGCCACCGUGGUGAUGGACAAGAUGACACAAAAAUCGAAGGGGUACGGCUUUGUUACCUUCAAGAGCAUGGACGGCGCUCAUGCGGCUCUGGAAAAUCCUGAGAAGAUGAUCGACGGGCGGGUGAGCUUGUGCAACUUGGCGGCCCUGCGCUCCUCUCAACCGCUGCCUCAAAGGGCUGGUGGCGGGAUGCAAGGCGGCGUUAUGCAGGGUGGAGCGGGUGGCAUGAUGGGUGGCGCCGUGGGUGGAUCAGGAGAGGACAUCAGUGCCAGGAAGAUCUUCGUCAGAGGACUCUCGUGGGACACUACGACGGAGUCACUGCGCACGAUGUUCUCUCAAUUCGGCGAACUGGAGGAUUGUGUGGUGACAACUGACCGCGCGUCGGGCAAGUCCAAGGGAUACGGCUUUGUUACCUUCCGCUAUGCCGUCAACGCUGCUGCUGCCGUUGCUGAGCCGGAGAAACAGCUUGAUGGUCGCCUGACCCACUGCAACAUCGCGGCUGAGGGAGCUUCGGGCAGGAAGAACCAGAACUACGGUGGACCUCAGGCCGGUCAGCACUGGGGCAUGAUGGGUCAGCAGCAGCAAUACCCUGCUCAAGGUCAAGGCUCUGGUCAGUGGGGUGUUGGCGGCGAUGGUCAAGCCCAAGGCUUCGGCGGUCAGGGACAGUGGGGCCAGCAGCAGCAGUUCGGCGCACCUCAGGGUGUGCAGCAGGCGUAUGGCAACGGUGCGUAUGCAGGAGGCGCUGCUGCGUACGGCACUAACGGUGGUGCAUACCAAGGCCAGACUACCCAGGCUGCCGGAGGAGCGGGUGCAUGGGGCGGACAGCAGGGAUACUGAUCCCCCUCUUCGAUGUGCAAACUGCCCGAGGGAGCCGAUGGUUCCUUUGCGAUUUUUUGCUUCAAUUGGUAGAAAGUAGCGUGGACAAAAGGCAUCGUGGUUGUAAUGGAGGGAUAUGACUUCAGAGCUUCUACCGUCUUCAUAAGUCUAAGCUCAAGGCACUCAGUCAGAGGAUGAACGACACGAAGGACACGGCCACAGAAGAGGAUCCAUAUUGUGAGUUUGCGUUAGGACAGGGUUUGGCUCAGCGGCCGCAUUGAUUGCUUGAUUCACGCCAGGGAGAGCGAUUACAAAAAUGUGGAGCCUGCAUCCGUCCCCUCCCUCGAGCUGCAGAGCUGUUCCUAUUCCUAUUACACAUGCAUUUGGCUACAGUUGCGAGCCACGAAUGUAAUUGGACAUGAUCCGGGUUUUGUAAAGGAAUGGAGAGCUGUACUAAUAUCGAUAUAAAGUGAAUCUGUGUCUCGGUCAUUCUGUGGGUGAAAACGAACACAUGCCAUCACAUGUGUGCAGAAAACUACACGUAGUCGAAUGGUGACUCGGGGGUGUCUUGCAAUGGUUUGGAGGAAACAGUUUCUGUGCUUAAAUGUCACAAGCAACCGAUUGCUGUUCUGGACAUUGGAGAGCAGUGCGGAAAAACAAUUUUGCGUGCUCUGCCUAGGGUGAGAUAUUUGCAUUCACUCUUUUUAAGUCACCGCCUUGGUUGUACAAAACACUUCCGCACCCCCUGGGUAGCAGGUCACACAAAAAGAGAAAACAUGACCAAGUGGCUCCGCGAUAAU